AUGCGGGGCUCGGAGGCGCCCGGUUCGGGCCAAGCUGCUGGCCGCCAGUCCCCUCCAGGGGGCGCUACCGGUGCCAGCCCUCUCCGCUCUUCGGGAAGCGGGGAGGCAGCCCAGGCCUGCCGGUCCUGGCAGGGACAGCAACGGAGGGAAGUUGGGGAGGGCUCUGCCGUUUGCCCAUUCCGGGCACAAGUCGCGUCGGGCACGGUGCUUCUGCAGCUGCCACCGCACUUUGCACGAGCCCCGAAACACGUCGCCCGUCUCCGCUUCCCGCGAUGCCAGCAGCCCCGCCCCCUCAAGGUUGCCUGCGCCGGGUUGGCGGAGCUCGAGGCGGCGAGGAGGGGGGGCGGUCGGGGGCGGGGCCUUCCCCUUGCCAGCCUUUCAGGAGGCGGCCAGCCGGCCGGCCGGCGUCACCACCCGAGCUGCCUCCGCCGCCGCCCGUUGCGUCCUGCCGGGCCCCGCCCCGCCGCCCCCGCCCCGCCUCGACCCCGGCNGGUGCAGGCGGCGGUUCGGAGCAGCUCCGCCGCCGCCGCCGCGCAGGUAGCCGCCAUCAGCCCUCCCGCCGCCGCCACCGUCUCCGGGCGACCUGCCGAAAGCCCCGGCGGCGGCGACGCCAGCACCCCCGCCGCCCAGCUGGCGGACGCCACGGCCACGCCGGCCUGUGGGGAGAAGCGGCUGCCGCAGGCGCUGAUCAUCGGGGUGAAGAAGGGGGGCACCCGCGCCCUGCUGGAGGCGCUCCGGGCGCAUCCCGACGUCCGCGCCGUGGGCACCGAGCCGCACUUCUUCGACCGCAACUACGGACACGGCCUCGACUGGUACAGGGAGCUGAUGCCCCGGACGCUGGAAGGCCAGCUCACCAUGGAGAAAACGCCCAGCUACUUCGUCACCGGCGAGGCGCCCGGGCGGAUCCACGCCAUGGCCAAGGACACCAAGCUGAUCGUGGUGGUGCGCGACCCGGUGACCAGGGCCGUCUCCGACUACACGCAGACGCUCUCCAAGAAGCCCGAGAUCCCGGCCUUCGAGGCGCUGGCCUUCAAGAACCGGACCCUGGGGCUGAUCGACGCCUCCUGGAGCGCCAUCCGCAUCGGCCUCUACGCGCUGCACCUGGAGAGCUGGCUCCAGGACUUCCCGCUGGCCCAGAUGCUCUUCGUCAGCGGGGAGCGGCUCAUCUCGGACCCCGCGGGGGAGCUGGCCAAGGCGCAGGCCUUCCUGGGCCUGCGGAGGGUGGUGACGGAGAAGUACUUCCAUUUCAACCAGACCAAGGGCUUCCCUUGCCUGAAGAAGCCCGAGGAGAGCGGCGCGCCGCGGUGCCUCGGCAAGUCCAAGGGCCGGACCCACCCCGUCAUCGACCGGGACGUAAUUCAGAGGCUGCGCAAGUUUUAUAAACCGUUUAAUGUCAUGUUUUACCAAAUGACCGGCCAGGAUUUCCAGUGGGAGCAGCAACAGGGGGGGCUCUGA